AUGUUGUCCACUUUUCCAACCGGUUCUUCGUACGAGGCCAUGCUGGAAAACCCAUUUCCGGCUUUCGACAACGCCUCGACCCCGUGGGAAUGCCACGACCACGACCAUGACCAUGAAUUCUUGCCGGCUUUGUUCCAGAUUCCGGAACAAACCGGAUUGGACAUAUUCCACUCCUCAAAACCGGUGAUUUCAAGUUCGAGUUCUGAAAACCGGGAUGAACCGGAGGAAAAGAUCGAGGUGAUAGACGAGAGAAAACGGCGGCGGAUAGAGUCGAACCGGGAGUCGGCAAGGCGGUCCCGGAUGCGAAAACAGAAGCACUUAGAAAACUUAAGCAACUUGUUGAACAAGCUGAGAGUUGAAAACAAAGAGCUUUCAAAGCGGUUCCGGUUCACGAUGUACCAGGCGAACCGUAUACGGUCGGAAAACGACAAUCUCCUGACAGAACACGAAAUUCUGCGGCGGAAACUUUUGUACAGCCGAGGUGAAUUAAUUUCCCGACAAUUCCCACGACGACAAUUCGGUUACAACGAACAACAACAAAUCCCCGCGCCGACUCUCUCCCAAUCGCAAUACAUCCUUUAUAACAACAAAAACUUCAUUAAUUGCUAA